GGAACGGAGAAUUUUCAAUUUAUUUUUUAGUUUUAGUUUUAAUGUUACUGAAUUUCGUUUUCACAAGUACUAAGUAAGUAGUUAAACAAACUUACAACUCUUAUAAGAUUAUGAGACUGUUAAUAUAGGGAUCUGGGUCUUCUUUAAUUUCCCAAAAAACAGAACCAAUGUCUCCUCAAGUCUAAGACUGCAGUCUUUGACCUCAGAUCUUGAAAUGGUCUCAGUAAAUCUGUGUUUUGUUGUAAGAGGGGAAUUAACAUAGAUGGCUCAUAGUCCAGAGCGAAAGUUUCGGUGCAAGGGUGUUUUAAGGUUUGCCUUUGCUUUUGUUUGUGUAUGUCUGGUUGGUUACGUUGUUGGUCCAACACUGUUCAUAGGUUUGAAGAACAAGUCAACAGCUCGGGCGUCUUGUCCACCUUGUUUUUGUGAUUGCUCUUCCAAGACAGACUCUGUAUCACCACCAGAUUGUGGUAAACAUAGCCCAGACGUAAAAGCACUUAAGAAGGACAUCGUAGAUUUACUGUCAGAGGAGAUUGCAUUACAGAAGAUUGUAAGCAAUGAAACCUUGGAGCGCACCAAGGCACAAAGAAAGUAUACGAAAAGAGCAUCCUCAUACUACCGGAAAAUGGCAGAAAAGUGCUACGUAGGAGUAGAAACUUGUGAGGAAGGCAGGCAAAGGGUUGAAGCAGAGCUAGAAGAGGAGCUUAAGCUUACAGCCUUGUGGAAGAAACGGGCUCGUGAACUUGGGUGGAAAGAUAGCAAAAGACUACAUAAUACUUCAUAAGAUAUUCUUCCUCUUCCACUUGUAUAAAAUGUUGAAAAAUUUUGGCUUUAUGUUGCAUAGCCCAAAGGGCUUUUGAGCCUCAAAGGCGAGAGGUCCUUUUGAGUUCUUCUACUUGCCAAAUUGUGUUGGCUAAAUUGAUUAACCUGCUGCAAUUUGGGAGUUGAUUGCUUUA